AUGCGUAGUGUGUCAACUAAACCGGGUGGGGGAGAUACAGAAACGGAGAAGCUCACUCACGCCGAGACGGGCUCUUUAGCUUCUCCUGUUGCUACGACGAUAUUUUUUGGAGCAAACGAUGCAGCUCUCAAAGGAAGGACGAGUGAUAGGCAGCAUGUGCCAGUGGAAGAGUACAAAGAUAACAUCAGAAAAAUGGUUCUGCAUUUAAAGAAAUGUUCACCUACGAUGCUAAUUGUGCUUGUAACUCCACCACCGAUUGACGAAGCUGGACGGCAAAGUUACGCAGAAUCAAUCUAUGGUGAAAAAGCUAUGAAAGAGCCUGAAAGAACAAACGAAACCACAGGAAUCUACGCACAACAUUGUGUUGCAUUAGCCGAGGAACUCGGUCUGCGAUGUGUCAACCUUUGGUCCAUAAUGCAGGAAACCAGUGAUUGGCAGAAAAAGUACCUAAGUGAUGGACUGCAUCUCACUCCUGAAGGCAAUGGAGUCGUUUUUCAACAAGUUUCGAGAGUGUUUAAAGAAGCUUGGCUCUCUCCUGAAGAAAUGCCGUUUGAUUUCCCUCACCAUUCGCAGAUCGACGGUGAAAACCCAUCGAAAGCUUUCCAAGAGCGUUGCUUGUGAGAUCGAUCCAUCGAUCGAUCAUCCAGCACGAUCUCAUAAGCAUGUUUAUUUUUAUUUCGUACUUCUUUCUUGGUUUGUGUCCUUUCGUGGUGACCAGUUGGGUCUUCUUGUAAUUAGUUUGAUCAACGAUCGAUUGAUUAAUUGAUAUAUCUGAGUUUACAAAUCUAUUGUUGAAAUAAGGCUAAACUAAUACUUAGAUAUAUACAAAUAUUAAAGAUAAUAUUUACUCUUAUAGGUGUAUGUAUCGAAUGC